GACCAGACUUCCAUCCUAGCACCUGUUGGACUGAUCACAGUUAUUGUAUUCAAGGCACCUCUCUGAAGCAUCUAUCUCAUUUCCAUCUUCUUGAUCGCUAUUUUGUCUUCAUUAUGAAGUGGACGAUCAUCGAAUUCUGCAUGCUGGCUCUUCUGGCCUUCAAGAUUCAGACUACCACAACUACUUCAACCACAACAAAUGCAUCUGGAGCAUCCACAGCACCAACAAAUAUGAAUAAUUCAACUACUUCAAAUACAACAAGUACCGCACAGACCGCUGUGUCAACAACUUCUGCUAAUUCAACUACAGCAAAUCCAGCUCUCUCCACUGUGUCAACAUCUCUGGCUAAUUCAACUACAGCAAAUACAGCUCAAUCCACUGCGUCAACAUCUCUGGCUAAUUCAACUACAGCAAAUACAGCUCACUCCACUGCGUCAACAACUCUGGCUAAUUCAACUACAGCAAAUCCAGCUCACUCCACUGCGUCAACAACUCUGGCUAAUUCAACUACAGCAAAUACAGCUCACUCCACUGCGUCAACAACUCUGGCUAAUUCAACUACAGCAAAUCCAGCUCACUCCACUGCGUCAACAACUCUGGCUAAUUCAACUACAGCAAAUACAGCUCACUCCACUGCGUCAACAACUCUGGCUAAUUCAACUACAGCAAAUACAGCUCACUCCACUUCAUCAACAACUCCAGCUAAUUCAACUACAUUAACAAGUACAGCUCAACCCACUCGGCCAACAAGUGGGACCCCUUCAAAUACGUCAACAAGUACAGCUGCACCAAGCUCGUCAACCAUUACUUCUACGUUGACUCAACCAACUGUAAAUACAAGCAAUAUUACCCAAACAACCGCGAUGAUGAAUUCCUCAGUGACUUCAAACAUGACGGUGAAUGCCACCACCAUGGUAACAGUCAGCAAAACCUCUAUGCAAACAACUCCAUCAUCCAGCUACUCAGUGACAUCUACUAUCUUCAGCUAUACUCUACCAGCCCUCCUUUACAAGCUGUUAAACUGAGCAAAAGACUGCCAGAUGUUCAAACUUGUACGAAGCUAAGCCUGUCUGUUUAAGAAAGGCUGCUUUUGCAAAAACUAUAUUAUAGUUAUCAUGUAAUAAAUAGUAUAUAGAUAGUACAUGAUAACUUACAAAGUAAACAGAGGAUGUAAAUAAUAACAAUUUGAUUUGGUUUAAGCGAAAACUAAGCAAAACACAAUAAUUACAAAUUUGAUGGAAAAAAGUUUAAAUGACUGACAGCCUAUUUACUGCAUAUAUAUAUAUAUACACACACACACACACACAUGUAUUUGAUGUAUUUGAAGGUGGUCCCACUUGUUUUUUUAGUCAGAUUUAUAUAUAUUUAUAUAUAUAUAUAUAUAUAUAUAUAUAUAUAUAUAUAUAUAUAUAUAUAUGUGUGUGUGUGUGUGUGUGUGUGUGUGUGUGUAUGUAAUAUAUUAUAUAUAUAUGUGUGUGUGUGAGUGUGUGUAAUGUGUGCAUGUAGUUGAUGCAUGAUAUGUCUAUGAACUAUUUUAAAUCAAAAUCUAGAUUUUUUAGGUGGUGUGGCAUUACAAUUUUAUUUUUUUGAGCAUCAUAGAAGGAUCCUAAAGGUAAAAUUAAACUGUUUUAAUAGGAUAUUUCUCAAUCUUAAUAAUCAAUAAAGAAUGGUGCCUAUUGAUGGGGUGUGUGUGACAUUCACAAUUGCAUGUACAUUGCUGCGACAGAGAACAUUCAUAAUUAUAAAUCAGUGAAGAGUUUGACAGACUUUCCUUUAACCUUGAGACUCCAGUGCACAUAGUAAACUCACUUACUGAUACACAUGCAUAAACGCUUCUUUGAUGUUAUGCAUUUGAUUUUCAUUGUAUUGUGUUACUAAUUUAUUGUUUAAUAAGUGAGCCUUUUCUGGACUUUGAAACAAUGAGACUAAAAUAG